CAUUUACCUUUGUCAUCACACUACCAUCGCAAAGUGGGGUUUCGUCCAUUCUCAGCUCCGCCGCCUCCUCUCCUCGUGCCGACGACGAUGGCCACCAUUGCUGCUGCCGUCUCUGCUCGAACUCUCAUGACCUUGCUCGCUCGUCGCUCUUAUUGGACAGCCAACACCGCCGCGAGGGCUCUAGCGGUCUCUUUCCAAGCCCCUACCCUUCCGAACUCGUCUCUCUUCAAAAGGAGUGCUGCUACACUCGUCGCCCAGCCAGUUCGGUUACCGUUCAAGAAUCAUGCGUCCUCCCUCUCAGCUCGAUACUUCUCCGCGCUGAGUCCUGAGAUGAAGUUGACACUAGAUAAGUUGAUUCAGUCCCACAAGGUCCUGCUUUUCAUGAAAGGAACCAAAGAUUUUCCUCAGUGCGGUUUCUCGAACGCUGUUCUGCAAAUAUUAAAGACGUUGAACGUACCCUUUGAGACAGUGAACAUACUCGGAGAUGAUACUUCUCUGCGUGAGGGGAUGAAGGCAUACUCCAGCUGGCCAACUUUUCCCCAACUCUACAUUGAUGGAGAGUUCUACGGUGGCUGUGAUAUUACUGUUGAAAAAUUCAAGAGUGGGGAGUUGCAGGAACGAUUAGAGAAAGCAUUGUCUUCUUGAUGGUUUUUCAUCUUCGGAUAAUUUUGAUAUUCUGGGACUGGACAAACAUGUAAAAGGGUUUCAGGAGCAAGUUGCUUUUGCUUGUCAUUUAUAGUGAUCGUUCAAUAAUGCUAGAUUUUCACUAAUUUUAUCGAGUUGUGCACUGUAUCUUUUACAUGUUUUAGGUGGAUCAAACUGCUCUGUUGGAUCAUUUCUACUGGAAUAGUUAUUGAGAGACUUGUAUGCAGAUGAAUGAAUUUUGCACAUAAAGUAUAUAA